AUGGAACUUUCUGUUAUUGGUGGCUCUCGAGUGAAGUUGGGAAGAACCGAUUUUGCUUGUAGAGAAUUGGGUUAUGUUGUUCUGAAUAAUGAUUGUAGAUUUUCAAAGGGUGGAGUUUGUUUUGGUCAGAAUUUAAGAUUGAAGAAAAGUGGAAAGGGAAUGAGUUUGAAAGCUGUUCAUGCUGAACCAAUCAGAGAGAUGAAGAAGAAGAAGAAGCCUUCUGGAUCUGGAACAAGAUCGAAGCAGGUAGAUGGUGUGAGAUUAUUUGUGGGAUUACCCUUAGAUACAGUUUCUCAUGAUUGCAAUUCAAUAAACCAUUCAAGAGCAAUUGCAGCAGGGUUGAAAGCUUUGAAGCUAUUAGGAGUUGAAGGUGUUGAGCUACCUAUUUGGUGGGGAAUUGUUGAGAAAGAAGCUAUGGGAAAAUAUGAUUGGUCUGGUUAUCUUUCUAUUGCUGAGAUGAUUCAGAAAGUGGGUCUUAAGCUUCAUGUUACACUUUGUUUUCAUGGUUCUAAGAAACCGAAUAUCCCUUUACCUAAAUGGGUUUCUGAGAUCGGUGAAUCGCAGUCGAGUAUUUACUUUACCGAUCGGUCGGGUCAGUGUUACAAAGAAUGUUUGUCGCUCGCGGUUGAUAAUCUUAAUGUUCUUAAUGGAAAGACUCCGCUUCAAGUUUACCGGAGUUUCUGUGAGAGCUUCAAGUUCUCGUUUGCCUCGUUCAUGAAGUCUACAAUUACGGGAAUUUCCAUGGGAUUAGGACCGGAUGGUGAGCUUCGAUAUCCGUCUCAUCACGAGCAACCAACCGACGGUAUAACUCGAGGAAUAGGAGAAUUUCAGUGCUAUGAUCAAAACAUGCUAAGUUUACUCAAACAACAUGCUGAAUCAUCUGGAAAUCCUUUAUGGGGACUCGGCGGUCCACACGACGUGCCUACCUAUAACCAAUCACCAUACUCGAAUAGCUUCUUCAAGGAUGGUGGUUCUUGGGAGUCUUCAUAUGGUGACUUCUUCCUUUCAUGGUAUUCUUCUCAGCUCAUAGAACAUGGAGAUUCCCUCCUUUCAUUGGCAGAUUCUACAUUCGGAGACACCGGAGUUUCAAUAUACGGAAAAAUCCCGCUUAUGCACUCUUGGUAUGGAACUCGGUCCCGUCCGUCCGAGCAAACAGCGGGAUUCUAUAACACAGCCAAGAGGGAUGGUUACGAACAAGUAGCAAAGACGUUUGCUAAAAACUCGUGCAAAAUCAUAUUACCCGGAAUGGAUCUUUCAGAUGCAAAUCAACCAAAUGAAACUCAUUCGAGUCCCGAGUUGUUACUUUCACAAACUAUGGCUGCUUUCAGAAAGCAUGAUGUGAAGGUUUCAGGUCAAAACUCAUCAGAGUUUGGUGUUCCAGGCGGUUUCGAACAAAUGAAGAAGAAUUUAUCAGGAGAUCAUGUACUUGACUUGUUCUCAUAUCAAAGAAUGGGAGCAUAUUUCUUUUCUCCAGAGCAUUUUCCUUCGUUCACCGAGUUAGUUCGGAGCCUUAAUCAACCGAAACUCCAUUUAGAUGAUCUCCCUACCGAGGAAGAAGAAGGCGCUGAAUCUGCAAUUAUGAGCCAAGAAACAAAUGUGAGCAUGCAGGCAGUGUAA